GAACGCCAUCCCAACUCGGUAGCGUUCACGUCGCAUACGCAUUGCCUUCAUUUAAAAAUAACCUAUUCCUGUUUGUAAAUAAAGAAUAAAGACUAAAUAGCGAUUUUUUGAAAGCAUUAUGGGUAAAAAUAAUAAGAAAGGACCAAAGGCAAAUGUUUUUAAAGUAGCAGGAGCAAAGAGUUUAAAGAAAUCUAAGGCGAAAGCAGUGAAUUUAGGAUUAAAAGAUAUAAAACAAAAAGUAGUCGACUUAGACAAACAAUUCUUAAAUGCUAAUAAAAAUUCCUCCUCACCCAAUAAUAGCAACAUAUCUAAAGUCAAACCUUUAGACAGAAAAACAGAUAAGAAGGUAACAAAGGAAGAUGUUGCGAAAACUGCUGGAAAAAUCAAUGAGAUGGACAUAUUAUGAUUGGUACGCAAACUAUGUUAUUAUUUAUGUAAAUA